AUCCUCUCCUCCUCACUCACAUCCACCAAUCCACACUCACACUGCCAUGCCCGUCAAGGUCGGAAUCAACGGUUUCGGUCGUAUUGGCCGUAUCGUCCUCCGUAAUGCUCUCCUCCACGGAGACAUCGACGUCGUCGCCGUGAACGACCCCUUCAUCGACCUUGAGUACAUGGUCUACAUGUUCAAGUACGACUCCGUCCACGGCCGCUUCAAGGGCACCGUCGAGGCCAAGAACGGCAAGCUCUACGUCGAGGGCAAGCCCAUCUCCGUCUUCGCCGAGCGGGACCCCUCCAACAUCCCCUGGGGCUCCGUCGGCGCCCACUACGUCGUCGAGUCCACCGGUGUCUUCACCACGACCGAGAAGGCCUCCGCCCACCUCAAGGGCGGCGCCAAGAAGGUCAUCAUCUCCGCGCCCUCCAGCGACGCGCCCAUGUUCGUCUGCGGCGUGAACCUCGACAGCUACGACUCCAAGUACACCGUCAUCUCCAACGCGAGCUGCACCACCAACUGCCUCGCGCCCCUCGCCAAGGUCAUCCACGACAACUUCGGCAUCGCCGAGGGCCUCAUGUCCACCAUCCACUCGACCACCGCCACCCAGAAGACCGUCGACGGCCCCUCGAAUAAGGACUGGCGUGGCGGCCGUGCCGUCGGCAACAACAUCAUCCCCUCCUCGACCGGUGCCGCCAAGGCCGUCGGCAAGGUCAUCCCCUCGCUCAACGGCAAGCUGACCGGCCUCUCCUUCCGUGUCCCGACGGUCGACGUCUCCGUCGUCGACCUCGUCGUGCGGCUCGAGAAGCCCGCCUCGUACGAGGAGAUCAAGAAGGCGAUCCAGGCCGCCGCGGACGGGCCCAUGAAGGGCAUCCUCGCGUACACGGACGAGAAGGUCGUCUCGACCGACUUCACCGGCAACGAGCACUCGUCCAUCUUCGACGCGGACGCGGGCAUCCAGCUCUCGCCCACCUUCGUCAAGCUCAUCUCGUGGUACGACAACGAGUGGGGCUACUCCAAGCGCGUCUGCGACCUCCUCGCGUACGCCGCGAAGAAGGACGGCGCGUUCUGA